ACUCGUCAGUCUCGUCACUUCGUUCGGCUGUCAGACGUCAGAUGUGUGGCAUGAGAGGUUAUCUGGAUUCUGCGUGAACAAAAUUUCGUUGAUUUCGCGUACAUGGAAUAUUUAUGCAUUCUGCGAACGCACAGAAAAUUCCGAUAGCAUGACGGUCAGGACGCUUUUACGUUUGGGCGACACGGCGAACAGAUGUGUCUUUACAACUGCGCAAUACUACAGGCCCAAAAUGCAAGUAUUACAGUAUAGACAAAUAAGAAAUUUAAAGAGGUCGCAGAUCACCUUCAAACCAGAGUCUCCUUUUCCUAAUAUUCAUAUCGAGACUGGAACUAUACCUCCUAUGAGGCUAUGGAAACAUCUUGGUUUCACCAUUAUGUUUAGUGGAGCCUCCUUAGUGGGUGCUGCAAUUUGGGAGUACGAACGUAUCAGAAGCCAGACUUACAGACUAAUCCAUCGUUACAGACAGUUUCGAGUUAACCGAACAGGAUGGAGGAGCGAAAUGGAGACAUGGUGGCGAAACUUGACCGAAGGACAGAAGAUGUUUGUGCCUAUAUGUUUUCUAAACGCGGUUGUAUUCUUAGCUUGGCGAGUGCCGGCAUUGCAGAAGACAAUGGUGCGCUAUUUUUGCGCUAACCCGGCUUCCAGUGUGUCAUGCUGGUCUAUGGUACUCUCCACUUUUUCACAUUACUCCAUGUUCCAUCUGGCUGCGAACAUGUACGUGUUGCACAGCUUCAGCACAAUAGCUGUGACAGCAUUGGGGAAAGAGCAAUUUUUGGCUCUGUAUUUAUCGAGCGGUGUGAUUUCCAGCUUCGCUAGUCACGUGUAUAAAACUAUGUUUGGAGUGCCAGGCCUUUCUCUAGGAGCGUCCGGAGCGAUUAUGGGUGUUCUCGGAUUUCUUUGCACACAAUAUCCUGAUUUACGACUCAGUAUCAUUUUCCUUCCUAUGCUCACAUUUACCGCGGGUAUGGCAAUCAAAGGAAUAAUGACCUUGGACGUUGUCGGUUGCAUCUUGGGAUGGAAAUAUUUCGAUCAUGCUGCGCAUUUGGGUGGCGCGUUAUUUGGAAUAUUCUGGCAAGCGUGGGGCAAUGCUAAUAUUUGGCAGAAACGGGAGCCUCUGCUGACUCUCUGGCAUGGGUUCCGAGAACCUCGAAGAUCACAAUGAUAUUUUAUUAAAUCUUUUAUUAAAUCACUUUGUACAAAAAUUGUAAAGUUUUGAUCAUAGUGCAAGAACAGAUUUGCUAAAAGCAAAAAUUCAGAUAUGAAUUAUAUAUUUCUAUUAUUUAUACUCCAUUUAUAUGUAUGAUAAUAUAUCGAUUCAUUAUCCCUUGAAAACAUAAUAAAGAAGUACAUUAAUAUCAAUAAGCAAAA